AUGUCGUUCGGCAAGGCAGACAUGAGCAAGGAGAGCGCGUACCAAGAACGCACGGACAUGCAGGCCAUAGGGUUCGCCACGCCACCGCCGCAGACCCAGCCGCUGCACCACCGCCAUCCCGGCCACGGUGAGCAGCAGCAGCAGCAGCUGGAGUGCUUCUCCGAUGAGGUGGACAGUCGUGGGACAGCCGAGAGGAAGGAGCCUGGGCCCGGUGCCAUCGUCACCACCCAGCUGGCUUCCGGCGGUGGCGGCGGCGACGGGUCGAGCAUCGAGCUGUCCAAGAAGCGGAGGGGCCGGCCGCCGGGGUCCAAGAACAAGCCGAAGCCGCCCGUGGUGAUCACGCGGGAGGCCGAGCCCGUCGCAGCGAUGCGGCCGCACGUGAUCGAGAUCCCCGGAGGCCGGGACGUCGCCGAGGCGCUGGCCCGCUUCGCAACCCGCCGCGGCCUCGGGAUCUGCGUGCUCGCCGGCACGGGCGCCGUUGCCAACGUCUCGCUCCGCCACCCCUGCCCGGCAGCCCCCGGUGCCGCCCCGUCCGUCGUCGUCUUCCAGGGCCGGUUCGAGAUCCUCUCCAUCUCCGCCACGUUCUUGCCCCCGGCCGUCGCCGCCGUGGCGCCACAGGCCGCGGCCGCCGCUUCCGGGCUCUCCAUCUCGCUCGCCGGCCCGCAUGGCCAGAUCGUCGGGGGCGCCGUCGUAGGCCCGCUCUACGCCGCGACCAGCGUAGUCGUCGUCGCCGCGGCCUUCACCAACCCCACUUUCCACCGCCUCCCCGCCGACGACGACGCGUCGGUGUCCCUCUCCGUGUCGCUCUCCGGCAGCGCCGACGCGGCCGACGAACACCGCGGCCAUCAGCACCAAUCAGAGCCGCAAGGACAGCAGCAGCAGCAGCAGCAUCCCCUACGGCGGCAGCCACCGCACCUGGCCGCGCCGGCCGCCACUUCGGCAGCACAGCCGGUGGAACCUUGCGGCGUGCCCAUGUACGCCCGCCACCCGCAGCCCCAAGAAGUGAUGUGGCCGCCGGCUCCUCGAGCGCCGCACCAACAACCGCCGCCGCCACCGUACUGA